AUGGAGGGAGGCCGGCUGCUGGGGGAGGCCGAAGGAGGAGGAGACGCUGCCGGCACCCCCUCGGAGACCCAGCUAGCCCACCCGUGGCCCUGUUUCCUGCCCGGCCAGGAGGAGCUGCGCUUCGCCUCUGAGCCGUCUCUCCGUCAGCAGCUGGAGAAGGAGAUGAGGGAGGUGCAGAAUUACGUCGACCACGUCAGGGCCUUGACGGAGGCCCGGGAUGCUCUGGCGGCGGAAUACGAGCGGGAGAACGAAGAGCUGAGGGCGAAGUUUGCCCAGCUGCAACUGGAACUCGAGUCUCAGCAUAAGGAGGUGGCUGAGCUGCUGGCCCUGGAGGGCUUGACUGGCAUUGUCCACAGCAGCCCCAGCGAGCAGGUGGCCUACUUGCUGGUGGAGAGAAGCACUUUGCUGGAGAGGAUGGCGGGGCUGGAAGAGGAGCUGGGAGCCCCCCUCUGCCUGGGCAGACCCUGCGCGGCUGCCCUGCAAGAGCUGCACCUCUACAGGUCAGAGCUGCUUCGUCUCCACGGCGAGCUGCAGGGCUUCCAGGGCGCCGCAGAAGAGAGGGACUUUCUGCGCCUGGCCCACCAGAAGCUGCUGCAGAAGAACGGGCUGCUGGAAGCCAAGGGACCCCCCCACAAAGGAGCCCUGCAGCCGCAGGAAGAGCCACCGGGGCUGUGCGGGGACCCCCGGCAGGCGCCGAUCUCCGGGGGCUCUGUCAAGAAGCAGCUGAGGCUGGAACAGGAGAGGAGCUUGGAGCUGAGGCUACAAAACCUGCAACUGCAGCAGGAAAACAUCAAGGUCCAGGCCGAGCUGAGGCAAGCCCAGGCGAGGCUGUCGGAGAGCUCCAAGGCCUGUGGGGCUCUGGCCUCGCAGGGGGAGCUGUGCCAGCAGACGGUGAAGGAGCUGGAGAUGGAGCUGCUGCAGCAGUCCCAGGCCGCGAAGCAGCAGAGCCGCCUGCGGGAGCAGCUGAGCCAGGAGGGCCAGCGAGCGGCCCAGGCCGAGAAACGGGCGCAGGAUCUGGAGCAGAGGCUGCAGGAGGCCCGGCAGCUGCAGGAGGGCCAGGCUGCCCUGGGGAGGAGGCAGCUGGAGGAGGAGGCGAGGGAGGCCAGAGCGAAGGAGGCCGAUGCCCGGCGGUCCCUGCAAGAGGAGCAGAAGAGGCGGAAGGCGCUGGAGCAGAAGCAGGAGGAGCAGCAACAGCAGCGGCUGAGGCUCUGGCGGGAGAAGGAGGCCGGGCUGCUCCAGGCCUUGGCUGACCGGGAGGCCCAGGCCCAGCAGCAGGAGGGGCACCUGCGGGCCCUGGAGGAGGAGAGGAGGGCCCUCGCCAAGGAGCACCUGCGCUGUCAGAGUCGCAGCCAGCGCCUCUCGGAGCAGCUCUCGGCCCUGCGGCAGGAGAAGGAGGCGCUGUGUGACGAGCAGAGGCAGAUCCUGAAGCAGGUGGACGUCUCCCUCAGGAAACAGAGCGAGCGCCGCCUUCGGCACAAAGCCCGGCUGCGGCAGGCGAAGGAGACGCUGCUCGGCGAGGUGAAGCUGCGCGACACUCGCAUCCGGAACCUGGAGAACGAGGUCCGCCUCUCCAAGAGCCAGGCCGAAAAGGACCAGCUGCUGAUCCGGCGGGUGACCAGCGAGAACGAGGGCCUGUUCAGGGAGAAGCGGAAGACCCUGGAGCAGCUCCACAGCCUGGAGGAGGCCAAGCAGAGCGACGGACAGGCCCUCUGCGCCCUUCAGAACAGAGUCCAGCUUUUGGAGGGGGAGAACAAGCAGCUGCAGGACCGGACCCUCCAGCUGAGCCUGCAGGUUGGGAUCCUGGAGCGGGCCCUGCGCACCAUCCAUGUGCACAGCCUGGAGGAGCUGAAGAGCCUCGGCUUCCCUGAGUGUCCGCUGCAGAGGAAGCUCUUGCCCUUCCCCGGCUUCAGCUUCUCGGUCACCAGGCUUUCGGACGCCAGCAGCCUUCGCCAAGCCAUCAAGGGCGGGCAGCCGGCCGAGCCCGGGCAGAAGGCCCUGCUCUCCCCUCUGGCCUUCCGGAGCUCCCGGGUGGGCUGCCUGGGCGUCCCCAGAAACCCGGCCGACCUCCGCCAGGACGAGCCCGGCCAGCCCGCCUGCUGA